GCCACAACAGGAAUCGGCGCGUCUCUGCCUGCGUGUGUGUGUGUGCGCGGCCGAGGGAGAGAGAGCACGCGCGAGUGUGCAUGGCGAGCCCCGGCAAGGAGCAUCUGUACAAGGUGCUGGUGAUCGGUGACCUGGGCGUGGGCAAGACCUCCAUCAUCCGCCGCUAUGUGCAUCACACCUACUCGCACAACUACCGCGCCACCAUCGGCGUGGACUUUGCGCUUAAGGUGUUGCGCUGGGGCGCCGACGAGACGGUGCGCCUGCAGCUGUGGGACAUCGCCGGCCAGGAGCGCUUUGGCAACAUGACGCGGGUUUACUACCGCGAGGCGACGGGCGCCUUCAUCGUGUUCGACGUAACGCGGCCCAGCACCUUCGAAGCGGUGCUCAAGUGGAAGGCGGACCUGGACUCAAAGCUGACGCUGGGCGACGGCCGAGGUGUCGCCACGGUGCUACUGGCCAACAAAUGCGAGCAGGGACGCGUGCUUUCCGCCAACGGCCUCAAAAUGGAACAGUUCUGCAGGGAGCACGGAUUCGCUGGGUGCUUCGAAACUUCCGCUAAGGACAACAUGAACAUCGACGAGGCAGCCAACUUUCUCGUGAAGCAAAUUAUGGCGAGGGAGCACGUCUUCUUGAGGAAAGCCGCGGCACCCGACAUGGUCACGCCGCGGCUCGACCAACAACGUCGCCAGUCGGACACAUGCACAGGAUGCUUCAAGUGAACUGAAGUAGCCCCUGAAAAACUCCACUUUGCACAUGUUCUUUUUGUUAGGUUGACUUAUUUGGCAUAUUUUGACAAGUGACAUGACAGCAGUACAAGUAUAUUUUCACUCACGUAGAAAUUCUUAUUUCACACAUAAGAACUACACAAAACAAAGUCAAUAAAAAUGGUACCAAAAUAAAUGGAAAUCAAACAAAUGCAAAACUUCAAUCCAGGUGACCUGAACAGCUAUGUGCUAGAUUUUAAACAAGUAACUACUGCUGUAAUAUUGUGUCAUAUUUAUAUUAUUUUAUUUGGUGAGCUGCCAUACUACUAGUGUGGUGCUAGUAGUAGAAAAAUAAAAUUCCUCUGUAAAUUA